AUGAAUUUUUUUCCAGCCCCUUUUUCCCUAGGCACAAGUGAUAUGCAAAUUACAGAUGUUUUACCAGCCCGCGUUGAUGAAUGCCCUCAAGAUGUUGAGAAGUCCGUUGUGAAUUGCCAAAUUGGCAGUGUAUUUUACAGCAGCAAAUUGAAGUCUCCGCUAAGAGAUUCCAAUUACGCAACUGUUAUUUACAACAAAAGAACUAAGACUGUUGAAGUUAUACACAAGAAACCUGAAUUUCUUGAACCAUGCUUUGAUGAUGAUGUCAUUGAGAUUCCAAAUGCAUUGAAAACUGAUAGAGCUGCUCUUAUCAAUGCUUUCGGUUCUGUUAGAAAACAACGUGCUAUGCGAGAAAUUGAGCGAAAUAAAACUCAUAAAGAUUCAGUGACAAAUGCUCAGGCGAUUGAUCGUGCUAUGCACGGUCAAGCUCAAUUAAAGAUCGAUAACGAGGCUAAUUCAAGUCAGAUUGACAAUGAGACUGACGGUCCCAGUACUCAAGUUGACGAACGUCUUCGCCUUCUUCCACCGAUAGAUUUGAAUGCUUCUUGUCCUGAAAAUGUUUAUCCGUAUGAUAAGUUGAUUCCAAGUCGAAUCAUAGAAGCUUUGAAUUCAGAAGUACAACAUAUUACCUCUCUCGAUUCUAAUUCAAUAGAUACUGGAUUAAAUAAACAGCUUUAUCCACAAUGGGUAUUAAACAAAUUGUACAGUCUGUCUACAAUAAAACCUGAUGAUUACACAAAACAUGUCACGAGUUUGGUUCUUCUCAGUCAUAUGUUUGCUUUGUUUCGACUUCCAAGUCGUGAUUUAAUGCGUAAAGUUCCACUUCCAGAUACACCAGCUAGUGUCACCAAAUUCCUUCUCAGUCAGUUCACUGUAUCAGUCAAUAAACAGGGUAUGGGACGUCAGAAAGUACGUGUAAUAUCGCCUAUGCUUCGUGAUAAACUGAUUAACCACAUGCUGAUUUUAAUACUGCAUUGUGAUAAGUUUAAAACUAUGAUUGAUAAAUUGGCUGUCGACUUCAAAAUAGUGCGUGACAGGUUGUCGCAGUACUUCCAACACUUGGGAUGCAAGUGUUCGAAAGUUGAAAACCCUCAAAAUAAAUCGGAAAUAAAUAUCUAUGCUGAAUUAGUUACACCUGUUAAAUUAUUGGAUCUUAAACCAUAUAAAUCAACUCACUGA